CAUAAGACCACUAACCUGACGACCUCCUCCUCCGAUCAACGUCGCUGGGAUAAUUUCUCCGUUUUCUGCUCUCUUGUUGAUUUUGCCUCUUGUGGAUUGAGGAAUUGAGGUGUUCUCUUAACUUCAAUCUCCGAUUAUGUGUUUUGGUACUGUUUACUGAUUGUUUUUACAAGCGAUCCAAGUCGAAUUCAACGUAUAAAAUGCGCGAAAUUGUUAUGCGAAUUUGAGAUGGAAAAUUGGUUUUUUGGUUAGCAGGUAUAAUUAUCAUCGAGUGAAGUCCACGACCUCAAAAUAAUAUGUCAACUGAUCAUACUGAUAUUGACCAAGAAAUGGAAGGACGUGUGGUUUGUAGGAGACGAGCAAGAGCUGUUGUAUGGGAUUACUUCGAGAGGAUUACUGGGGAUGAUGGGCUACCAAAAACAAGGUGCACCAAGUGUAAUACAGUGUACAGUACUGCUCCAAAAUCAGGUACAUCAACAAUGAGGAGACACUUACGGAAGUGUAAUCCACAACCUCUAGCUCAGUUGAGGCCAACCGAAGCCUUCACUCGGACAAAUACUACUAGAUCUAGUGAUGAGCUGCUGAAUGAGGCUAGGGACGCGAAGAAAUCUAAGUCCGUUAUGGAGGACAGCCUCCAAAACAAGUCUGACAGGGAAUUGAUGGAGUUUAUUUGGAGGAAUAAGCGGAACAUUGGGCUCCUUGAGGAAAAGUUGCCUGAUAAGGCCAGAACUAUAAAGGAAGCUCUGAAGUGCUACGAAGAUGAACUCGAUCGCAGGGCAAAACGUCAGCGUCAUAAGGGGAAAAAUCCAGGUCCUGGCACCAGCACAGUGGCUGUUAAAAUUGAAGUGGAUGAUCAAGUUGUUGCACGAAAUGGGAUUUUUGGUGAGAACAUGGCUGAGGAUGGGAGUGCUAUGGAAGGCGAGACUACAGUGACACAUGCUGAUGUGAUUCAGCAGAAAACCAGUCCACGAUUUGACACUGAACAAGUGGUUAUAAAAGUUGAAGUUGAAGAUCAAUUUGUUGCUGCAAAUGAGAAUUCUGAUGGGAACAUAGCUGAAGAAGAGAGUGCAGGUAGACUUCAGAUUGUAGCGAUUCAUGGAGAUGAGAAUCAGAUGGCAAUUUCUCCUGAAGACAUAUGUUCCGAAUUAAGGAAGGUCUCAUCUGUGCUUUCUAUGCUAACUUCUCCAGACAGUUUCUACACUCCUCGAGAUAAUCCCCUCGAUGAAGAAGCCGAAGAGGCAAAACAAACACUUAACGAACUUCUGAAGAAAGACUUUGAAACCAUAGUCGGUUCGCCCAAUGAACAAACCGUCAAAUCCGUGGUCCAAAUCUUGAUCAGAAACCUCGACAAACUUCCCAGAUUCCAAGGCCGAGUUGUCGAGAGUCUCCACACCGAAUUCGAAUCCGCCUGCAAAAACUGGAUAGCAUGGCAUAAAAGCAUCCAAACCAACAUCGCCUUUGAGGCACAGCAAGGAGAUAACCUCGAGGUUUUGCAGGAAUGGCAAGAGAAAGACACGGAAAUCGAGUCGAGAAUAGCGGAAGUGGAUGCAGACAUAGUUCGGUUGAAAGCAGAGCUCCACGAAAAAGAAUUGAGCCGGGAAAGAUUGAUGAAACAGAAGUCGGAUAUGUUCGAUCAGAGCUCCUCCAUCUCCAUGGAUGAAGCAAAGAAGCUCCUCCAAGAAAUGGUUGCUGUGAAAUUGCAGAGUGAUGUCGCCAUUGAUAACUUGAAAGAACUUGCCAACAAAUGGGAAAAGAUUAGGAAAAACUUCCUACAGGAAUAAUAAGUGCUUUUAGAGUGCCAAUUUGGCUGUGAUAUUGAGAAGAAGUAGAGUAGGGUUUAGAUUUUAUGUUGAAACAAGUAGUGUAGAUUAGAUUUUGAAGGCAUUCUAUUCUUAUUCUUCUGUUAGAAACAGGCAUUCUUCUGUCAAUUCUAAAUUCUGUUAGGAAAGUUAUGUAUUUAAAAAAAGUUA